AUGGACAUGGUAGAGGACGCAGAUACUUUGCAGGAGUGAGAGGACAUCAUUAUGAAGUAUGAGAAGGGACACCGAACUGGGCUGCCAGAGGACAUGGGGCCUGAGCCUGUUGGAAUUCCUGCAGCACUGAUCGCUUUAGGAUUCUGCAGUGAACGGAACUGCCCUGUCAGUGCCCGGGAGGCAAAGCGAAUGCAGUGGGAGAUGAGAUGAAAGAGCAAGUGGAUGGAAAUGCUGGGAGAAUGGGAGACAUAUCAGAACAGCAAAAAACUGAUUGAUCGAGUGUAUAAGGGCAUUCCCAUGAACGUCUGGGGACAAGUGUGGUCAGUCCUCCUGAACAUCCAGGAAGUCAAGACGAAAACCCCCUAAAAUACAAGGUACCAGGUCAUGAAGGAGAAGGGCAAGAGAUCCUCUGAACACAUCCACCAGAUCGACCUGGACGUGAACUGGACACUGAGAAACCACAUCUUCUUCAGGGAUCGAUAUGGAACCAAGCAGCGGGAACUAUUCUACAUCCUCCUGGCAUAUUCAGCGUAUAACCCGGAGGUGGGCUACUGCAGGGACCUGAGCCACGUCGCUGCCUUGUUCCUCCUUUAUCUGCCUGAGGAGGAUGCAUUCUGGGCACUGGUGCAGCUGCUGGCCAGUGAGAGGCACUCCCUGCAGGGAUUCCACAGCCCAAAUGGCGGGACAGUCCAGGGGCUCCAAGACCAUCAGGAGCAUGUGGUCCCCACGUCACAAUCCAAGACCAUGUGGCAUCUGGACAAGGAAGGUCUGUGCGCACAGUGUUCCUCAUUCAGCUGGCUUCUCUGGAUGCUGAAUAUUGGGAUCUUUCUCGGGCUCAUCCUGCGCCUGUGGGACAUAUAUUUGCUGGAAGGGGAACAGAUGUUGAUGCCGAUAACAAGCACUGCCUUUAAGGUUCAGAGGAAGCGCCACAUGAAGACGUCCAGGUCUGGCCUGUGGGCACGUUUUCGAGACCAGUUCUUCCAUACCUGGGCCCUGGAUGAUGACACUGUUCUUAAUCAUCUUUGGGCCUCUAUGAAGAAACUAACAAGGAAGCAUGGGGACCUGCCACCCCCAGCCAAACCCGAGCAAGGGUCCUCGGCACCCAGGUCUGUGCCAGCUUCGCGUGGCAGGAAGACCCUCUGCAACGGGGACAGGCAGGCCCUUCCCGGCCCACUAGCCCAGUUCCAGCAGCCCAUUUGGUCAGCUUCCCUACCUCGUCCCACACCCUCUCCUAGUAGGGCUCCCAGGGCAGCAGACCACUCUCUGGGGGCACCCAGGAGUCAGGAUAUGCCCAGCCUGGCCCCGGCUCAGGGAGGACUUUGGCGUUCCUGGAGAUUCCUGGAGUGGAACUUGAUGCCCCAGCUCCCGACAGACCUGGAUGUGGGGGACCCUUGGUUCCCCCAUGAGGAUUUCAAACAGAGCUGCUGGGUCCAUCUCCCUUCUGAAUGUGUCCUGGGCAGCCACGGGACCAUGGGACAGGCCUAG